AUGGUCCCAUACGAUGAACCAAUUUAUGGCUUUUCUGGGGAAAACCUUUCCACCCGCGGCUACAUUGACAUCUAUACCAUCUUCUGCGACGGCGUCCAAACCAAAACUAUCCCUAUCCGCUUCCUCAUCGUUGAUGCGCUUACAUCCUAUAAUGUCCUCCUAGGCCACCCUUCACUCAACACCCUUGGCGCCGUGUUCUCCACACCUCACCUCGCCAUGAGGUUUUCCUCCCCAUUAGGCGACAUCCUCACCAUCCAUGGCGAUCAACGUCUUGCGCGCAAAUGUUACAUGGUCAGCCUACGCCCAAAGAUUCCCAUCCUACAAAAUAAUCACAUAGAGCGACCAUCCGGCUCUGGGAUCGUUUUGUUUGACGAUGAUCUAGACCCUAGAGUGGGCCGGGAUGUCCGCCUCGAACCUGUUGAAGAGACCACCCCCUUGGAACUCCCUAAUGGCCAUACCAUCAAGCUCGGUACUAGGCUCGAAUCCGAACAACGUGAAGUCAUAACACCCACCAUUGUCGCCAAGUUGGACCUCUUCGCUUGGUCAGCUGCCGACUUACCUGGAGUUGACCCUCAAGUGGCAUCCCACAAGUUAUCUAUUUACAAGGAGGCUCGAUAUGUCUCCCAGAAAAAAUGCAAACUCGGCGAGGAGCGACGCCUAGCAACCAAGGUCGAGGCCGAUAAAUUACUAAACACGGGGUUUAUCAAAGAAGCCCACUAUACCACUUGGCUCUCUAACGUAGUCCUGGUCAAGAAAGCCAAUGGCAAGUGGCGAAUGUGUGUUUAUUACACCGACCUCAACAAAGCCUGUCCAAGGGAUGCCUACCCAUUACCCAAUAUCGACCGAGUCGUCGACGACGUCGUCGACAACAAGGUCCUCAGUUUUCUUGACGCAUACUCCGGUUACAACCAAAUUCCCAUGGUUUUAUCCGAUAUGAACAAAACCGCUUUCAUCACAGACGAUGCCAAUUACUUCUACAAGGUUAUGCCGUUUGGUCUUAAAAACGUAGGAGCGACCUACCAACGACUGAUGGAUAAAGUCUUCAGCCACAUAAUGGGUAAAUGCGUCGAAGUGUACGUUGACGACAUGGUUGUCAAAUCUCCCAGCCAUCACCAGCACGCUCACGAUUUAUCGAUAGUCUUCUUUGUGUUGCGGCAAUACAACCUUCGCCUCAACCCCAAUAAAUGCGUUUUCGAUGUCGACCGUGGCAAUUUACUUAGGUCCAUGCUGACCUAG